AUGCAGUUCUAUCGUCUUUCAGUUGCAGCUUUCGUUUGUGCUGUCGCAGCUCAGAAUGCGCCACAAGAUCUAGCUUCCGUCAUAUCGGGCAAUGAAGGUCUUUCUACUCUCGGCACCAUCAUCAGUGGGAUUCCAGGUCUCUCCGAUGCCCUCAAUCAGCUUUCCAAUGUCACCAUCUUGGCGCCAAACAAUGAUGCCUUUUCAGAUCUUGGGGACUCUGCCCCUUCUGAUCCUGCUGUGAUUCAGGCCUUACUGAGCUAUCACGUUAUCAAUGGCACUGUCGCAUCUGAAAACAUCACCGACACACCUGCAUUUGUCCAUACUACUCUGACAGACUCGGAAUAUACCAAUGUCACCGGUGGUCAAGUCGUCGAGGUCCGCACAGUAGAUGGCACUGCCACCAUUUUCUCCGGGGACGGGUCAAACUCUACCGUUGUCCAAGCGGAUAUCCCCUUCUCUGGCGGCAUCAUCCACCUCAUUUCCUCCGUCCUCACCAUCCCCGUCGACCCUGUCUCUUCCCCUUCCGUCUCCUCCGAAAUCACUUCUCUUGCGGAUGUCCUCACAUCGACCUCUCUAGGCACCACCAUUCAAACCCUCUCCGAUGUGACCAUCUUCGCGCCUAAUAACGCUGCAUUUGAAGCCAUAAGCUCCACUACGCAAGGCCUCGACAACGAGACACUUUCCUCCAUUCUGCUCUACCAUCUCGUGGUAGGCACGGUUGGAUAUAGCAGUUUGCUUACGGACGACAUGACCCUCACAACACAGGAGGGCGGAACGUUGACGAUAAAUCUGUUGGAAGAUGGAAGUGUUUUCGUGAACGGAGCCGAGGUCGUGCGAGCAAAUGUGUUGGUGCCGAACGGGGUGCUGCAUAUCAUUGAUAAUGUCCUGAAUCCUUCUGCGGCUGAUGCCACUCCUGAGCCCUCUGCUACAUCUGGAUCUGCGGCCUUUAGUGGCGCAUCCAGUACGCCGACUCCUACUGGAGCUGCGGUGUCAUUGCAUACGGGUGCGGCUGGCAUGGCGGCGCUGUUUGGAGGAGCAGCCGUCAUGCUGAUGAUUUAG